UAGCUACAUAAUGACUUCUUUCGUUGCUAUUGACUUAAUUUAAGUGUCAUUAGACACCUUUUGAGUAUGACUCCUUGACGCAUUUGAUUGUUCUAAAUAGUGUACUGUCCCUUUAAAAAGUCCUUCCCGGUCUCUCUUCACUGUGGCCGCACGUUUUCCCCAAACUAUACUGUCUUUGGUAUCGGUCUUCCCCUAUUUCUCUGUUAUUGUUUUCAUUGUUACUCUGUCCGAUCAUGGCUGCUCAUUCUAUCGAAGAACCGUUCCCCUUCCACGGGUUGCUCCCUAAAAAAGAGACCGGCGCAGCGUCUUUUCUCACUAGGUUCCCGGAGUACGAUGGACGGGGUGUUCUCAUCGCUAUCCUCGACACUGGCGUGGACCCAGGGGCCCCGGGGAUGCAG